UUGGUUUAUCCACAUCAAAUGACAUCUAAUAUUACAACCUUCAACCUUGGAUAUGAUAUGCCAACAAUGGCUGCUUCUCUCUCCUCUCUCCUUCUUCCACUAGGUUCUACUUGUAAAAGUUUGAGCUGCAAUCCUCAAGGCAUUGCGGCUGACAGGCUUCGAUGCUUGGUUCCGCAAUACCGAAGAUCCGUGGUAAAAGCAAAGGCCUCAUAUACAACUGAAUGUGCUGCUAUGGUUAAUACCAAUUCACGCAGAGACUUUCUUGGAUUGGCUUUGGGAAUCUCAAGCCUCUUUGUUGGUUCAUUGGAAGCCAAAGGAGCUGGUUUGCCCCCGGAAGAUAAGCCGAAACUAUGUGAUGAAGCUUGUGAGAAGGAGCUUGAAAAUGUGCCUAUGGUAACUACUGAAUCAGGUUUGCAAUACAAGGAUAUUAAAGUUGGACAAGGUCCUAGUCCCCCAGUUGGAUUUCAGGUAGCAGCUAAUUAUGUAGCAAUGGUUCCUUCCGGACAAGUAUUUGAUAGUUCAUUGGAGAAAGGCCAGAUUUACAUUUUCCGUGUCGGUUCUGGUCAGCAGGUGAUAAAGGGUCUUGAUGAAGGUCUUCUGAGCAUGAAAGUAGGAGGGAAGCGUCGACUGUACAUACCUGGACCAUUGGCAUUCCCAAAAGGACUUACAUCAGCUCCAGGGAGACCAAGGGUGGCUCCAAAUAGUCCAGUCAUAUUUGAUGUUAGUUUGGAAUAUAUACCAGGGCUUGAAGUGGAUGAGGAAUAAACUAUAAAUCUAGAUGCAAUAACCCAAAUUUUCUUUAUCUCUUUUUUUUUUUUUGGGAAUUAUGCAAACCCAAUUUCUAUUUAUCUAUUUCCACUUCCCCCCAUUGUAUACAAUUGUUAAUUCUUUUGAAAAACAAGUCUAUAAUUUUAUAGCUAUGCAGAGCUACAUAUUUUGAUGUUCAAUAUAUAUUAAAAGAAGGUCCCUUGCAUUUGUGUUUUGUUGUA